AGGUCCCCGAGUGCUCCUCGUUUGGGUGUCUUCCGUCUUCGCCAUGGCCCGUACGAAGCAGACUGCCCGCAAGUCCACCGGCGGCAAGGCCCCGCGCAAGCAGCUGGCCACCAAGGCCGCCCGCAAGAGCGCCCCGGCCACGGGCGGCGUGAAGAAGCCGCACCGCUACCGGCCCGGCACCGUGGCGCUGCGGGAGAUCCGGCGCUACCAGAAGUCGACCGAGCUGCUGAUCCGCAAGCUGCCGUUCCAGCGCCUGGUGCGCGAGAUCGCGCAGGACUUCAAGACGGACCUGCGCUUCCAGAGCUCGGCCGUCAUGGCGCUGCAGGAGGCGAGCGAGGCCUACCUGGUGGGGCUGUUCGAGGACACCAACCUGUGCGCCAUCCACGCCAAACGCGUCACCAUCAUGCCCAAGGACAUCCAGUUGGCCCGCCGCAUCCGUGGGGAGCGCGCUUAAGCGCCCUGUCUCCCAUCCAUUCCCCACAAAGGCUCUUUUCAGAGCCACCACAGCUUCCCGGAAAGAGCUGUUUACUUCGCUUAGAGCUUUGUCCGCACAUUAUCCCGCUCCAUAGCUCUAGGUUGGUAUCUGACUUAUACCUGUUAUGUCUACAUAAUGGUUGCUUUCAAGGAAGGUUUGAAUGCCCUUAGUGUAAGUUGUUUAACGUUAAUUGCGGUCUUAUUCAGACUCCUAGCUUGUUAACCCGAAGUAGGUUCACCACCUCAGUCUAAGGGGAGGGGAUAAUCUUACGGAGGGUUGGGGCUUGGUGGAUACUAUGUAAUGUUCCUACCCAGCUGGAGCAGAGAAGGCUUUGUAAGUAGCUGAAGGCUGAGAUCUAGCUUACAGCUCAUAAUUACAUCACCAGACUUCUGGACGACUGAA